AUGUCCGCCGAUAUCCAACCUGCACCAAGCAACAAUGACGAAAGUAAUGCUGAUAAAAACGCGGAUGAUGGCGAAGGAGGUAUCCAGCAACCAGACCAAAUGCAGAAAACAUUGUUAAACUUGGUAUUUCGGUCUAUGAAAAGGACACAUGAUAUGUUCAGUAAUGACUACACAGUAUUUCCUGAACUGGCUGAAAAAGAGUUGAAUCUCGUUCGAUCCCUCAAGAAGAGAUGUGAAUACAGUUCUGUGAUACGACACGUUGAAGAGGCUAAAAAACGGCGGGAACAGGAGCUUCUGAAGGUG